AUGAAUUCACCUCUUGCAAUCUUUCUCUUCCUUCACUGCAUUCCUGUGUCCAAAUCAGAUCAGUUUCAGGUUGUUGGUCCAGAUGGUCCUCUUCUUGUUGAAGCUGGUGAAGAUGUGAUUCUGCCCUGUUCUCUCAAACCCAACAUCAGUGCUGUGGACAUGACAGUGGAGUGGUUUAGACUCCAUACAUCAGACUCACUGGUGCAUUUAUACAAAGAUGGUGUUGACAAUAACGAAAAUCAGAUUCAGUCUUACAGAGGGAGGACAUCACUGUUUAAAGAUGAAUUGCAGAAAGGCAACACUUCAUUAAAACUCUUCAGAGUGAAAGUUUCUGAUGAGGGGGAGUAUAAAUGUUUUGUUCGGUCUGAAAGCUCAUAUGAUGAUAUCACCUUUCAAGUCAAUGUUGAAGUUGUGGGAACCCACCCAGUGAUCUCAUUGGAGGGCUACAGUAAAGGUGGGGGACUCAGUCUACUGUGUGAAACUAAAGGCUGGAGGCCUGAACCUGAAGUUGUGUGGCUGGACGGUGAGGGAACCAGACUACCUGCUGAAGAUACAGAGACACUCAGAGACACAGAAAGUUUCUCUGUUAGACAUCGUAUCACAGUACAAGACAGUAACACCUACUACUGCAGAGUCAUACUGGGCAACCACAUGAAGGAGACAGAGAUUGUCAUCUCAAGCUUUAUUAAUCCAAAUAUUUUACAUUCUGUUCUUUCAGAGAUUGAGAGGAGACGACUACAUACAGCAGUAUUCUCCACAUUUUCCACAGUUGAUGUGACUCUGGAUCCUGAUACAGCUCACCCUGAACUCGACCUGUCUGAUGAUGGAAAAGAAGUGGCACAUGGAGUCAAACGACUGGAUCUCCCUGACAACCCAGAGAGAUUUAACUAUUGGUUCAGUGUCCUGGGAAAGAAGGGAUUCACCACAGGGAGAUUUUACUAUGAGGUGGAAGUCACUGGGAAAACUGAUUGGACAUUAGGAGUCAUCAGAGAGUCCAGAAGCAGGAAGGGGGAAACUGAACAGAAUCCUAAACAUGGAAUUUGGACUGUGAGGCUGAGGAAUGGGAAUAAGUAUGAGGCUAUGGAUGGUGUCCCUGUCCUCCUCUCUCUGAAACAGACGCCUCAGAAGGUGGGGGUGUUUGUGGACUAUGAAGAGGCUGUGGUCUCUUUUUAUGAUGUGGAAGCCAACUCUCAUAUCUACUCUUUCAUGGGUCAGUUGUUUGGUGAGAAAAUCUAUCCAUACUUCAAUCCCUAUUUCAAUCGUAGAGGUGAAAAUUAUGCUCCACUGAUCAUCACUCCUGUCAGUCACACU